UCAUAAUUCACUGGUAUUUGCAACAUUAGAGAAAGAUGGCUGGCUACUAUUCAUUUAAAGCUAUUGUGUUUCUUACCGCAGUGUGCUACUCAACAGCAAGUGAACAUGCUAUAGAGCGGGAAUGUUCAAAAUUCAAAUAUGACAAACAAAUGUUGGAGACAAUGGUCAGAAUGGAAGCUAAAAUGAAUCAGUCGGAUAAAAAAAGGAACAUUUUGAAAAGAACAUGUUGUCUGUGAUGGAACAUCGGAAGGUUGAAAUGAAACAAGAGUUUUCAAAACAAAAUCAACAGAUUGGCCAAAUACUUGAUGACUACAAGAAGAUCCGCGAAGAGCUCAAUGAAAAAACAGCUCAGCUGGAAAAGCUUGCUGGUAAUUUUACUUCAACACCGAAGAUAGCGUUUAAUGCAUAUACAAGGUCCGGUAAAAACUAUGGCAACAGCCAAACUAUCGUCUUCCCUGAUGUUUUACUUAACGAAGGUGGUGGAUAUGACAAAAUAACCGGAAUGUUUACAGCACCCGUGGCUGGUCUGUACUAUUUCAGCGUUCACAUUUGUCAAGCAAAAGCAAAAUAUGUUGUCGCAGCUAUUGUUCACGGACAUACUACAAUCGCAGUAACAAGUGAAUAUGAAAGCAUUGGAGCAAGUUGUAGCUCGGUCAUGGCGCCGGUAAAAAUGACUCUUGGUGAACGCGUGUACGUAAAAUGUACACAUCCUAGCGUAAUGCUAGCUGAUGCACAAUAUAGAUGGCCGUCCUUUACAGGUGUUCUUUUCAGUAUCUAAAAAUUGCUGGACAUUUGACGAUGAUAUUU